AAUUGAAACGUCAAAGCGAAAACAAAGUUUAGCGCUUGUAAGUGUUUACGUUCACGCAUCGCCGAUGCGUUUGUCCAUUUCGUAGUUUAGGCGCUUUACUAGUUACAUAUGAAUACCGAAUUGCGCCGGAUAAAUUCAUUCAGAAGAUCGGAAUUGUUCCUCAGUUAAAAGAUUCCAAAUUGCUUCAAGCUGUUCGGCAUAUUUUCGCAUCUCCUUAUUCUCCACGCGAGGGCGAUGGAACAAGCAGCUGCGGCUGAGGCGGAGUCGAGCGAGGACGAGGAGUCGCAUGCAGCCGAAAAUGGGGAACCCGAACCAGAAGCAGUAAGUGACGAAGUGGAUCCACCAGAGGAGGUAGCCGGUCCUGCGGUGGAGGCAAUCCCCGUAGAAGAUGCGAUAGCACCACCAGCGGUGCCUGCAGUGGAUGAAUCGGAUAAUUCGACGGAACCAGAGGUGGAGGUGCGAGAUCCUGCAAACCAACUUAGAGGGGCUGAACCUGUUGUGCUUAUUGAGCGAAUGUCACCAAGCACGGGUAGCAACAAAAAACGGAAAAGAUCACAAUCCGAGAGUGCUGCAUCACCUGAAAUAGAGAAAGUAUCCCUUCUGGAUGACUCAGACGACGGCACAAUCUGCCCCAUUUGUUUGGAUCAUUGGGAGAUGACUGGCACGCAUCGUCUUACAUCACUGAAAUGUGGCCAUUUGUUCGGUCACUCUUGCAUCAGACGCUGGCUACAAACAUGUCAACAUGGCAGUCGGGUGUGCCCUCAAUGUAAAGCACGGGCGGCAAUGAGAGAUAUUCGAUUCAUCUAUGCGAAACGUAUUUGCGCACUUGACAAAUCCGAGGAAUAUCGACUGACAGACUUGCUGAAUGCGGAGAAGGCCAGCAGCUCGAAACUGAACCAGACAGUUGCUAUGCUUCGAAUGGAAUUGGCAAUGAAAAAUAAACAUUUGGCUGAAUUAGAAUGUAAGUUAGAAUAUUACCAGAAACAGCAACCUGGCUCUGUGGGGUGCACGACUCAACUGGUCCAACAAGCAGGCCUACGAUACAAGUUCGCAAAGGACAAACACAUUGACAUGUCCAAAGACUCAGGGUGCCGGGUAAUGUUGGCUGCGCGGCAAAGUUGCACUCUAGCUAUCUCACAAAAAUCUAAUCAAACGCUGUUUCCCGGCUUUGGGGUGCGUACCUUCGAUAUCCGAACCUUCCGCUCCACAAAUUACCUACAUAUGUCUUCAAAGCCAGUGCGUGACCUUUGUUAUAGUACAAACGAGGAAUUAAUUGCCGCCGCAACGCUAGAGAAAUGUGUGAAGCUUUUCAGUGUACGCAGUCGAAUUGUCGUUAACACAUUCAUACCUGCCGACAAACCUAUUUGGGCAUGUGCUCUUGAUAGUGAUGCUAAAAAUUUCAUAUAUCUAGGAUCUGGUCACGGUAGUACCUAUAUUUAUGAUCUUCGAGCCGCCGACACAUUCGUCAAGGAGUUCCGGAUCGAGGAAGAUGUAUCCCCAGUGAUUGCAAUUGCUUCAGUGCCAGCGACGAGUCUGUUUCCCUUAGGCGGCUUCAUCGUAUGUAAAUUACAGAGUGUUUGGUUUUAUGAAUACAUGCCCACACAGCAGGUUGUGAACACACGCUUGAAUGUAGAAGGUCCGUUUGUUUCAAUGUCCUACGAUGCAUCUGCAAAUAGCCUUCUGAUUGGAACUCGGCCAUCAGUGAACUAUCCAUUAGCACGCUAUAUCCUUUCCAAAUUAGAUAAAAUUAAUGAUAUCCCUGCACUCGAUAUUGUUACUGUUUUUGAAGGGGCUCGAGUUGCGCCAGUCAUGUCUCGAUCAGCACAAAUUAUUAUGAAAGAUACUACGCUAGUGACGGCAUACUUGCAGGAUAGGAAAAUGCUUAAUUUAUGGAAUCUUUCGGAUCGUAGUCGCAGUCAGUCGUUACCGAUUUCUGAUAUAGUAUACGAUACAUGUCCUAUUUACGAUGGUGAUACAACUCUGGCAGCCGCUCUGACUGAAGACAAGUGUCGAAUCUAUAAAAUUAUUCCUGACUGUUGAGUUGUGCUGUUUGGCUAAGUGGCAUAGACGAAAUGGAAGACUCGAAAAUUUUUUUAAUUCCUUUCAUAGUGUUAAGAUAAUUAAUAGCGAAUGAUUUUGUUGUGAAUUGAUAUGAUGCAUUUGAUUAGUUUGUUCUUUUAAUAAAAUCGAAUAGGCAUUUUUA